UGUGCCAACAGCCUGUUCACGCGGGUGUUCAGUGCUAGCCGAUUAGCUGCAGUAAAGUCGGUUAAACUCCGGCAAACUCAGACAGUCUUCGUGCAGCCGUUGGUCUCAGGUAAAGCGUAGCAGUUUCCCAUGAGCCCCGUUUGUUUCCGGGGUGAAAAAAUAAGUUUGACGCUGUUUUUUCCGCGGUUUAAUCCGCCAACGAACCGCUGCUAGUUCGGACAUAACACGAAGCUAACGUCAGCGUCAACGGAAGCUUUAAACGGCCCGGCUGCUCAGGUCCUUCCUUGCUGAGCUGUAACGUCGAAGAGGAGGAAGAUGUCUCCGGCGUCAGAGGUUGAGGGCUCGGACGUAGGGGGGCGGGGCCAGGAGACUACGCUGUCCAAAGAAGACUGUCUGUGUCCCGUCUGCCUCGAGAUCGUCAUGGAGCCCGUCACUCUGCCCUGCACACACACCUUCUGCAAGGUGUGCUUCCUGGAGUCGGUGGAUAAAGCCACGCUGUGCUGUCCCAUGUGCAGGAAGAGGGUUUCCACCUGGGCUCGGUUACACAGCAGGAACAACACGCUAGUGAACGAGACACUGUGGAGGCGGAUCCAAACCUGCUUCCCCCGGCAGUGCGAGCAUCGCCUCAGCGGGCAGGGUGAGGCCGAGGACCCCCACUCAGCAUUGGUGUGUUUCCGCAGAGUUAGUGAACCUGGAGAGCUGAGGCAAGAGUAUGAGGACCAGAUCACCAAACUGACCGAGGAGAAGCGGGAGCUGCAGGAGGAGGAGAGGAAGGCCAGUGAGGAGUACAUCCAGAGGCUGCUGGCUGAGGAAGAGCAGCUGCUGCGGGAUGAGAGGAAGAGGAGGGACGAAGACGAGCGGCUGGCCAGACUGCUCAGUGAUCAGCUGAACCCUCCUCCUCCCGAGGACAGGGGUCAUGUUGCUGUGACACCACUGAAGAAGAAGAAGGCGGCCUCUGUGGGACACAUCGAGAAGUUCCUGUGCCCCCGAGUGGCUCCGCCCAGCUCCACCUGCAGCUCCGCUUCCAGCCUCGUGUCCAACAAGGAGAACAUCCUUGUUUCAGAGGCAGCGCUACCGGCAGAACGAAGACCACCUCAGCUGGAUUAUUAUGGGCCUGAGACUGAGCUCCGCCCACCCGAGGAGGUGGCCAAGCGUCAACCGGGGAGUCAGGCAAUCAGAGACGGAGGAUGCUCAUCAGUGAAGAGGAAGAGCUCGGAGCUGGAAGCCACAGAGGAGGCGACAGCAGACACCAAGCGAGUCUCUGCCCAUUUCCUUGGCUCCUCCUCCUUCUCCUUGCUGGAGGCGGCCGAACAGGAGCUACAGGAGAGGAGGAGGCAGGAGGAGGAGGACAGGCGGCUCGCUUUCAUCCUGCAGAAGCAGCUCGACCAGGAGGAGAAACGGCGUGCCACUGACAGAAGCAAAGGCUCCACAGACGCCUACCAGCUCCGCCCACACCGACGAGCCGAGGAAGAGGAGGGCUGCACUUCCAUCAUGCCAGGAAGACCCUGCAGGAGAACGCCAAAGAACUGCACCGCCAAGCCCUCUGGCUCCUCCUCCUCCUGCUCAGGGAAGGGGAGCAAACAGACUCUUUUGACGGAGAUGUUCUCCACCUUCAGCAGCUGAGGUGUCCUCUGCAUGAAUAAAUUGAGCUGUCAACCUGA